UACGGUUACCGUUUUGUUGCAGCAAAUAAAAUAUAAACCUAUAAAUUAUACACAUAUAUGUAUAUGAACACCCGCUAAUGUCUUUAACAAUUGUGAAUAGUUUACUUUUUGGUAUUAUAUGAAUAUUUUAUCUUUAUACAUAAAUACAUAUUGGCACAUCACAAUUGCUAAUACAUAAUAUAAAAUAGCUGAUGGUUGGGUUUUGUUAAAAAUAAAAUGCACAAUUCAUAUGGAUUAAAAUACUCUUGGGGAUCUUUAGUUAUAAAAAUUAUAAUUUAUUUUUAUCUUAUACUAUAUACACAUAUGAUCAAUGGAGCGCCAUCAUCUACAACUAGUCUUGCUGCUGGGGUAAAAACAACAUCAGAUGGAAAAUAUAAAGUAAAUAAUUUAAAUGUAAUCGAUGGUAGCGAUACAAAUUUUACGAAUUUAACACGUCAACAUGACGGCGAUAUAUUUAGUGCAAACGAUAUCUCAAAAUGUAACUUGGAUACUUGUGUGGGAUUAUCAAGUGGUACAGCUAGUUUAGUUGUUACAGAAAACAAGAAAACAGAUGUUUCAACGGCAACAAAUUCUGAUGAUAGUAAUCUAGAUGGUUGCACAUGUCGCUGUCAUUCCUAUUCGAGUACAUAUAGAGAAGAUUUAGGAAUUUGUGUUGAUGAUAUUCGAGAAUGUAAAUUGUCGCCAUUUGUUAGUGGUUCAUCUACUGAAAAAAUUCCAUUUGUAUUUUUACCAUUACGUGGUCAAAUAAUUUAUCCAAGCCGAGAGAUCAUUUUUGCUGAAAUUCAAACACCAAUAUGUGCAGUCACGGGUUCUCAAUAUUUAACAUCAAAUGGUUGGGCGGAUUUAAGAAAUCCAAUAGAUACAGAUUUACCAUUUCGUAUGUUUCGGGAUGAAGGGAGAACAUUUCUACAAUGGUUGGGUGAACCAGAAUUACGUCAUAAAAUGCAAGGACGUUUAGUUCUAAUACAUUUAAUGUGUAGAGAUAUGACAUUUUCGAAUAAUAAAAGCACUUUAAAUAAUGAUCCGAAUGCAAAUUUAAUUGGAAACAAUAUUUAUACACCAUGUGUAGCAUUUCGUAUUAGUGGUAGUCCGGUUAAAUAUAUUCAUAAUGUUUCGGAGGUCUUAUUUCAAUCAGAAGCUUCAUCAAAUUUAUCGGCAGCAGCUGAUGGAUUAAGUGCUAGGGAAUAUAUUGUAAUCGGUGUUUGUAGUCUACUUUUGGGAUUGAUUUAUGUGGCUUCAGUCUUUCUCUAUUUACAUGUAAAGAAACGAAAGAAUUUAAGUAGUGAACCAGCACGUAGCUCCCUUGAUGAUUUAGACAAUGAUAUUAAUUAUCCCAAAAAUGAUCAAGUAACUUUUGGUGUACCCUUCACUAGAACAGGAAGUUCAUAUUCUAUUAACAGUGUUAAUGACCAUAGAAAUAGCCAAAGAUCUCAUAGCAGAAGUUUAAAUUCACCAGUAAGUGGCUUAAAGGAAGAUAUUGGAGUUAUUAAAAACAAUCCAUUAUUAAAACAUUUUCCAAGCUUAAGUGAUCAUUCGGGUUUUACAAGUGAUCUAUCAAAUUCUAAUUCUGAAUUUGAAGAUAAUCAAUCAAGUAAAAAUGAAAAAUUAAAAAUUAAUCAAACUUCGGCUAUAAUACAUCCAACGUCGUGUAACAAAAUUGAAAUGGAACGUAAUGCUGUUCAACAAGAAUCAUCACCAUCACCAACACAAGAAAAUGAAUGCUUACCAGAAGCAAACGUUUCAAUAAUUGAAGAAGUAGGAGUUGAGGAAAAACAGCUUGAAAAUAUGCGUGCAUUGGUUAAUGGGACAGUACGAAAAAAAUUAUAUUUUAAUCCAGCAUAUUUUGAACCGCAUUUACUUUUAAGUCCCCCACCGGCAGCGAUCGAAUUUUUGACUAAAAUACGUGAAGUUAUCGCUAUCGCUAAAUAUAAAAUGGCUAGUAAACGUUAUCAACCUUCAUUGGGUGCAAUUAUUGAAGAAGUUCGUACUGAUGGAUCCGAAAUAUAUUCGAAAAGAAGUAGUCAGCAUCGUGAACAAAAUGUAAAUUAUGUUAAAAUAGAAGAAACGAAAAAACUGCAAACAGAAAUGCCAGUAGAACAUCAAAGCUUAGAAGUUAUAAGUAUAAGCAAUAAAGGAGUUGGAGAUAAAACAAAUAGCAUACAAAAAUGGUUAGAAACAGUUCCACAACCAAAUGAAAAUAUUGAUAAAUCUAUAAAGAAAAUUCCAAACCCUACAACUUCAACAACAACGCAGUUCAAUAACUGUAAAAUUAUUUCUGAUGCCAAUUUUAAUUCAACUACAAAGCAGCAAAAACAAGAAUCUAAUCGAAGUUUACGAAAAAUGAGUCCUCCAAAAGUAAAACCACCUCCAGUUCCAGCUAUAAGCCCCGCCACAAAAUCUGCUAUUUAUGCUUCGAACAUUAAAAUGUCUCCAUUAAUGCAAAAAAAGGAGACCAUUGAAAUUAAUCAGCCGAAUCGAGAAGGGAUGACUUCACAGAUUACAUAUCAUCAAGAAAAACCAAUUACUCCAGUGUUAAAGAAUCGGCAUUAUGAUGGAAAGUCGAUCUAUCAAUAUACAGAUCGUGCAGAAAUUUAUAAUAAUCCAAAAUUUAGUCACUCCGACUCUCCACAAUUGUCACAAAAGUCGCGUUCGACUCGCUCGAGAUCCUCAAAAAAGCGUAUGGAAGUACUUGACCAAUAUUCCAAUCCACAAAAGCUUGAACCAUCACAUUACGAAUUGAUGAAAAAUAUUAAACAAAUGCCAGAUAUGGUUUAUGAAGCAUUAGCCAAAGAUUAUUCAAUGGGUAUGUAUUCAUCGUCAAGUCGUCCAAACAGUCAAACAUUCAAUAUUCCAACACCAGAUUAUGAUAGUACACUAGAUAAAAAAAUUAAAAAUAUUUAUAACAAUAGCCAAAAUGGAAAUAUUGUCAUACCAUCAGUUCCCACUCCAGACUAUAGUACAUUAGGGAAAAGGAGUAAUGGUCGAUUAUACCAUCCACCUGACUCACCCAUAUAUAGAAGAAAAUCACCUCAGUAUUUAAUUGUAGACUAUGAAACGGACAGUCUGGAACGAACUACUCACCAAAAUCGAAAGUGUUCGAACUCAUCAUCACCAACAUCUAAUAAUAGUUCAGAAAUAAGUUCCCAUCCCAGUCCAAGUUUGAGUACAGCUUUACCAUUGGAAGAAGAAGUUGAGAUACGGCACACGGUCUAUGAUAAAGUUGAAGGUUUUCGAAAGGACGGGGACAGUCAUAUGAAGAAAAAAGGAUCAAAAAAUUCUGCUGAAUAUGAAGAUAUUCGUAAUUCAAAUGUAAAAAAAACAUUGGAACCAUUAAUCAAAUAUGACACACCAUUUCGUGGUAGUAUGACAAUUGAGGUACAACAUGAGCCAUUAAGUGACUUCGAGCCCUCUACUGAUAGUGAUCAAUUUGAACCAGAUACACUUGAUAGAAAACCAAAAAAACAUAGUUUCUGCGAUGUCAAAAGCACUGAUGCUUGGUCGGAACACUUAAAAAAAUCUAAAAAUUUCGUAAAUUCACAAGAAGAAAAAAUUAGUUAUUCUUCAUUGGAGAAUAUGACUUCACUUCCAGAUUUUAGUAACAAUAAUUACAGUAGAACCGAUAGUCUAAAAAAUUAUCUUAUAUUAAAAUCGAGUAGCUCGUUUCGAAGCAAUAUCGAAACAGCAAAUAAGCGGAUUAAUACAAAAUAUAACGAAAUUAAUUCUAAUUUACUUGAAUCGAGGCCGUCUUUUGGAAGUUUAAGGGAAAUAUAUCAAUCAAAAGCUCAUCGAAAUCCACAUCAGAGACCAAAGUUAACUAACGUAGAUUUUUCAACAGAGCAAGGAAGACUUUUAACCCUAGAAGCGAAGCAUACAAGACGUCAAAGGCAAAUACAGGAUAAAGAUAGAAGUUCAAAAGUGCUACCACCGGAUGUGGUACCAACCACAAUCACAGAUAAUAAUAAUGGUAAUAAUAUCAGCAAUAGCGGAGGAAGUAAAGAAGAUAAUGAUAGUAAACUUUAUCAUGACAUAAAAAAAUCUAGAACUGCUACAGCAAAUAGUGCUAUAGAAGAAGAAAAUUUAUUAAAUGGAGAUACAAAUAACAUUCGAAAAAACUUCCAGGGUUGGAACACUGAUAAUUUCAGUGGAAAUCAUAAUGAUAAUAUUGUUAUUAAAAAUAAUAAUAAUAAAUUUAAUAACAUUACAAACAAAAAUAAACAUGAUCCUGAUUAUUUUUCACAUGAUGAUACAGAAGAAACAAUUAGUAAUCAUAGUGAAUCCACUGAAAUUACCGGUGUUUCAGAUACCCAAGGAAACUCGGAAUUUGAGGAUGAUCUUAAAUCCAAAGAUAGAAUUAAAGAAAGCCAACAAAAUAGUAGGAAGCAUAAAAAUAAAUUUCGAAAAAAUUUUAUUGUUAAUUUGCCAAUAUCAAAUAAUAGCGAUGAAACGAAUAGUAAUAAUAGUAAUGAUAAUACAACAAACGAUAGUGCCAUUCGAAAUCAAACUGAAUCUCCAAUAAAUUCAACAGUAAUUAAUCAAAAUGUAGUAUCAUUAUCCGAAUUCCCAUCAAUUAGGUCAAAAAACAAGCAUAUCAAUUUAAAUGGUGACCGCAGUUAUGACAGAUACUUAAAUCGAAAAAAAAAUAAGGAGCAUGAAAGUGAAAAUUAUCAAAAAUCCGAAAUAAAAAUAUCAGAAAAUAUCACAGAAUCUUCAGAAGCAAACAAAUAUUCCAAGAGCUUGAUAUGUCCCGAUCAAAACUCUAAUAUAAAACAAAUAUAUCGCGUUGAAAUAGAAUCCCCUAUGAAUGGAAUGCAAAUAGCUAUGGGAUUGAAAGAUCGUUCUAAGAAAUCAAAGGAUCUAAAGAAUGCAUGGAAACGUUUUGUAUGUCUGGCAACUUCCAAAUUAAGUUCAAAUAAUAGUGCUAUGAAAUCGGAUGAAAAUUCAGAUUUACGCGUACAGGAACAAAAGAACAAAGAUUUGUUAGUUACUGAGAAGGAAAUUAUAUUGAGUCGUUCUAUUUACGAUAAAUCUGAAAAUAAUACACGCAAUGAAAUACAAAAUGAAGAUGAACAAAUUAAUUGUAAACAAAUUAUUAAAACGAAUAAAUUAUUAACUGGUCGAUAUAAUUUUUGCGAACCAAAUUAUUUAAACGGGCAACAAAAGCAUGAAUUAGACAGCGGAUAUAUGAGCGCUGACUCAAGUGAAGUUUAUGCUAGACGAUACUAUGAACGAUUUAAUUUCAAAGCAAUGACAGAAACAGAACAUAUAACUUUAGUAGAUACAAUUGAAGAUAAUUUAUCAGAUAUAACCAAUAAGAAUAAAAUCAACAAUUGUAAUACAAAUAAUAAUAAUAUCAAUAGUAGUAAUAAUGACAAUAGUAAUAUUAGCAAUGAGAAUCAAAGCAACAAUGAAAUUAUAAUUAUUUCAAGUUUAAAAGGUAGACAUGAAGAAAAUUCAUUUUGUAGUAAUAGUAAAGAAAAUAAUGCAAUAAAUGUAGAAAGUAAUGGUCAUAAUAAAUAUACUUGUCUUGAAGACGAAAAUGUUAUUGUUACAGCAUCUGAAUCUGAUGACGAUGGUGGAAAUACUGAGGAUUUAUCAGAAUCAGGAGCUGAAAGUGUUGAAACACAUUCUGUAUUUUUUAAAAAUAUUCGAAAAAAAUCCUAAAUUUAACAAAUAGUAACUAUCCUUUACAAAAAAUUUUUUAUACUUUAAAUCCUUUUUAGUUAAUGGCUACGUAAAGCAGCCACAAUUGAAAGUUGCAAAAUUAAUUUUUUUUGUUUCUGUACAAAAUCGUUUCAAUUUUAAUUUCUACUAAUUUAAAAUCUAUUUUUCA